AUGUCGCUGGCACCGUCUUCGGGAAGUCGUGGACAGAUCGUCGUACAGCCGUCUUAUUUCACGUCCUCAGCGUUUGUCAACCCUGCACGCGAAGAUGUUUCUUUGCUGAUCCAGUGUUACGCUGAGCAGUAUGAACGUCUUCGUCCGCUGCACCCGUUUACGCUCUUCAAGGACAUUUGGGUGAGUCAGGGAUGGACCUGGAUUCAUUUCAAGAUAUUUGAUGCUCGAUCGCGUGAAGCCUUCUUGAAAGUGAUGAUGCGAAUCUUUACUGAACACAUGAGCGUGACCGAGACGCCGCUCAGACGUGUGGCUGCCCUGUUUGGUCUGUACGCAUUUUUGAACACACAGCCAUCCAUGUCCGUUCCAAAAUUGCAUUCCGUCUCGCAUGUAGAAGUAACCAGCGAUCUCUAUGAUACUAUCGUGUGUCUUCCGGACACACUGAACACUGAGCUUCUGGAGCGACUUCGACCUCAUGUGAUCUACGUGCUAUCGGGACUUGCGGGCGCAUUUCAAAUCCUACCUCACUCUAAGGUGUGUCCUUUGAACCCCAGGGAAAUUCCCCGCGAGUUGGUCGUGGAAGAAGUUGGAAAAAAGAAGAGGGGGCGACUUUCGAAGCUAGAGAAAAAGAAGAAAGCCAAGGAUUCUCUUGCCUCGCUGAGUAAGUGGCUCGAUCAGACAAAACAAACGUAUGAUGUGGGGAAUGGAUCGGAGACCAGUGGGACGGUAACGAGACACGCGCUCCUGUCGCAGCGACCAGUGGCGACGCGUUCCGAUUAUCGAACGUGCAAAUCGGAGUUGUGGGCCGAGCUGGGUAAGGACGACGCAGGUGGGUCGGCUGCACUGCGACGUGCGAGCGACGCGGUGGUGAGACGCAUGCGGAAGAUGGAUGAAGCAGCAGCGGUAGAGGGACUCGAGGUAGGCGGAGAGGGCGGCGACAGGACUGGGCUUGACCGGGUGGAGCGGGCGGCAGGCGAGAUUGGCGGAGGACGCGGGGGGCUGCUGUCUUUGUUGGAAGGGGCGGGACUUUUCCCGGUGUUUUCUCACGAUGUCUGA